AUGGUCUCCUGUCGCUCGGCUGCUGCCUCAGUUCUGCUCGUCGCAGCUUCGGUUCUGGCCCAAGCGACAGCACAGUCGACGUGUACGUUGAGUGACUCCGAAGUCUGCGCGGUGGAAAGCUUCACCUCGCUCUCCAGCGAUGGCAGCGUGCUCGUCUACCCUGGAGGCAAUACGCGCUGCGCUUUCGAUGACUACACGGACUCAGUGACCGGUUUCAUAACGAACUCCACGUACUUCUUCCAGGUGUUCCCGAACACGAACCACGACAAGUCCAAGCUGAUGGUUUUCUUCCAGGGUGGUGGUGGCUGUACGGAUGACAACACGUGUGCCUUUGGUUUGGAGUGCUCGCUAGCUGAGAACGCUUUAUUCACGACAGUUGCCACUGUACAAGGGGCCGGAGUGAUUGACCGCUCCAUGGUGGACAACAUGUUCCGAGACUGGAACGUAGUCUUCGUCCCUUACUGCACUGGUGACGUUCACAUCGGCAACAAGGUGUUCCCGGCGUUCGAGAGCGGCAUCGAGAAGAGUUUGGGCAACCCGCAGUGUGCAAGUGCUGGUUCACUGGCCGCGCAGUUCUUUAGUGCUCAAAUUACGGACAUGUGGAAUGUUGAGGCCAGGAGCACGCGAUUCUCAGUUAUGACAGACAGUUACGUCGGGUUUUUGCCAGAGAGCCGCCAAGUGCCAGCGCUGUUGCAAUACUUCGGGGCGUUGGAUGCGCUUAUUGAGGACCGACCUGAGUCCAAGUGGCUGUUCGUGAACAGCAAAGGUGACGAAGUCCAGCGGUACUACUACGCACUGGUCGGGGAGGGUAUCCAGGGUAUAUAUCCCACCCCCAAUUUGAUGUCGGAGGAGGAGCUUUACAAUAACAUGUCGGCAAUUUUGGGCGCGUACCAAACCGUGAGCCCGCACAUUUUCACGUUUUACGUUGAAGGCGAUCACCAUGUGUUUCUCAUGGACAAGAAUUUCACGAGCUAUAAGAGCGACGAAGGUUUACUUCUCGGCGACAUCAUCAACGAAUGGCUGAAAUCGAAUUCCAAUCUGGCCGCAGCUCCCCCUGCGUACUAGGUGAAAAGACUGCGGGCAGCUGCAAUUGCUGCAAUGGCAAACGAAUACACCUCGUGGAUAUCUCUGGCUUUCGACUGUGACAAUGCCGCCAGGUAGCAGAGGCAAAGCGAUCGGGUACACAAGUACCUGUUAAUUAACCGUUUACGCUUAGCCGAUUCC